UAUUUCGUUAAUUUACAACCAAUCAGAAAGCAGACGUUAAAAUCAAAUUUAUAAUUUUGAUGGUUAUCGUUUAAUUCAGAUUAAUUUCUAGUCUAUUGAAGAAUUAAAAAAAUGCUAUCAAAUCAUUUGGAGGAUUAUGAAGUACUUAGCAUAUUAGGUGAAGACACAAGUUCAUCUUGCUAUAAAGUUAAAAGCAAAGUAACUAAUGAUGUAUACAUUUGGAGGGCUAUUUCCUGUGAAGAUAUGUCAAAAGAAGAAAUAAAAAGCUUGUUAAAUAAAAUUACUCACUAUCAAGAAUCAGAAAAAAGUUACUCUCUAAACCUCAAAGGACACAUUCACCAAAAAGAUCCAAAUAUAAUAUAUUUAAUAACUGAAUACUGCAGUAGAGGCAGCUUAAUGGACAUAAUUAAAUACUGCCAAAAGAAUACGAAACGUAUUUGUGAAAAUUUUAUGUGGAAACUCCUUUACCAGCUGAGUUGUAUAUUGAAAACAAUAAGUGUUGAAGAUGUUAAUAAAAUCCAUUGUGGCAAUACAUUUGUUGAUAGUGACGACAAAAUCAAGAUAUUUACCUUUGAGGUGAAAGAAACACAGUUUAAUGAGCUGCUGGAGCCAAAAGUAGUUCUUGGUCAUUUAGUAUUAAGUUUAUGCACCUUAGAAACAGAUGUAAAGAAACAAAACUGUGAAAAUAUGUGUAACAAGAUAUUAGACAACUUCUCCAAUGAACUAAUAGAGAUUAUAAGCUUCAUUUUAAGAAAGCAGACCAGAUCUGAUGAGGUUGUUAAUGCUAUUUUAUGUCAUCCGACUGUUUUACUAAAAUCAUCUAAACCACCAAUCAAUAAGAACUUUUAUGAAGAUAUUUACCAAUCAAAAGAAAAGUAUGAUUCGAAAACCAUUGAGACUAAACACAACGAAAAUGUAAUUUCAGAGAGAGAGAACUUUUAUAAUGAAAAGAUAAGGCUUCAAAUAGAAAAUAUCAAAAACAGGGAAACAUAUUUGAAAAACCAAGAACAGAAGUUAAUGGAAAAAGAAUUCGAACUGAAGAGAAGAGAGAAGAAAGUGGCUCUAUUAGAAAAAUUAAGUGCUGAAAAGUAUUCUAGAGCUGAAUUGUAUUUGAAGACAGCUAAAGAAAACAGAACAUCGAAAGUUACUGUUAAAGAUGAAAACGUUGAAAUCCAUAAUGCAACAGAUGCUUCAUUCUCGGCAGAUUGUGGGGACACCAGUAUAUUGCCAACAAGUUCAAAAUUUGACUUAAACAAGUUUAAAAAGCCACCAGCUUUUACAAGAACAUUCUCAGAGAGGCACGUUCGAUUUAAGGGUCACAGCCCUUUGAAAGAGAAAGAAUAUAAUAGAAAGGGCAUACUUAGGAAUUCUUUUAUGCGAGAAUCAAAACAUGAAACAAAUUCCUCUUCAGAAGUCGUGUCAUGGUGUACAUUAAGCUCUGAAAGUAAUUCAGAAAAGUCGCUGAAAUUCGAAGGCAAAGAGAAAAAGAAGUCGCUGUUUCCCUCACUAACUUCUAAAAGGAAAAGCUUCCUCAAGGAGAAAUUGCCAAGAAGUAAUUCAGAGGAGUUCAAAGAAACAGGUGGUGAUUUUUCCAAGACCGAAGUCCGCCCCAUUUCGUGGACAGAAGACAGUAAGAAGCAGGCUUUCGAAUUAUUAAAGAUUAUGAACUCAGUUAAAGAUAAAGAGAAUAUUCCUAUCAGACAUACAAAACUUUAAUAACUAACUCUAAAUACUUAUUAAAA